AUGAAUAUAGAACGAGCAACUCAAUCAAAAGUCGAGAUGAGUAUCCUGGCUAGCCACAAACGAAGCUUGCAACACUCCCAGCAAUCCAGCUCCACAGUCAACUCGCCAAUGACAACUCGCCUGUUAAAUAUACAUAAUUCGCCAGCUGAGCGCUCGCCCGCGAGUAUCAUGCAGCUGCAACCGAUAUCGGCCAUCGAACUACAGUGCUUCAGCGCCAUCUCAAAAGACAUAUAA